AUGCAAGUACCUGGGGAUGCUUCGUCUCACUCUGUCGAUUCGGUCUCGAACUUUGGAAUCCCACCAGUGCCACACAUAUCUCACGUAGUAUCCCCAUUGGGCCGGACACAUCUCGCGCCUUUAAGCGACUUUCCCUCGCUGGAAUUCAACCUGGAUCCGAAUUUGGGGAAUGUGAGCGGGAAUUUGGGGAAUGGGGGCCCAGAAUUCGGGUUCAAUCCGAGGAAUGUGGGCGGGAAUGUGGACCACAACUUUUUGAGAAGUAACUCCAUCUCUUGCCUUAGUGAGGCUGUUUUGCCUAUGUAUGAUGUUCUGAACACGCCCAGCGCACACCUCAGACACCAAUCGCCGACAAGAAGUCCUAAUAGCAGUAACAGACCCUACGCAAGCACAAUGCAGUACUCGCGGAGUUCGGAACACCUGCCCGUGGUGAUGGAGAACCAUCAACCG